AUGACGAAAAAAGCAUGUAAAAGACAUAAUCAAGUCGAUUUAACACGUCCAUUUUGUUAUUAUUGUGAGAGAGAUUUUGAUGAUCUUAAAGUUUUGACGGCGCAUCAACGGGCAAAACAUUUUAAAUGUGCAAGAUGCUCUAGAAAACUCAAUACAGCAUCUGGACUUGCAAUUCAUGUUGUCCAAGUACAUAAGGAAACGAUUAGUACAGUUGAAAAUGCUAUUCCAGGAAGAGAUUCUAUUGAGGUUGAGAUUUAUGGAAUGGAAGGGAUACCAGAAGAUGUUAUACAUUCCCAUUAUAACCGUUUAAUGUCAGGAGUUCAACACCGUGAAACGGUUCCUCAAUUGGAGUCAAAAAGACAGAAAAUAGAAACAUAUGUUGAUGCGGCAGAUAUUCAAGCUAGAUUAGCAGCUCACAAGGCAGCAAUGCAACAGCAGAAACAAAAUUCACAUCAUAAUUCUGAGAAUAUGAUUGAUAUUAAACCUUCUAUAUCUCCAUCGGGAGAAUCAUCUCAACCAACUACAAUUGAUAUACCUCAUCAAUCAGUUAUGCCUUCUGUUUAUGGAAUUCCACCUCAAUAUCAAAAUUUUUAUCAGAAAAACACUUCAAUAUCAAGUAAUACAUAUUAUCCAAUACAAAAUCAUACUGUACCAAAUAUGCCUCCAGCAUUUAUUAAUACUCAAACAUUAAAUACUACAUGUUCAGAAAAUAACUUUGAAGAGUCGAAUGCUUUGUCGAAUUCCGACAAAUCUUUUGCUUCUAUGGAUUCAUUAACUACAAAUACCUCUAUCCCAAAUGUUUCAUCUAUAAAAAAAACAUCUACUCCACUUAAAUCUAAUCAAAUAUUAGUUUAUGAUGACAAUGAAAUGUCUCCUGAAGAAAAAAAAGCAUCUUUACCCCAAUAUAAAUAUGAAUUUUUAGAUGAAGGUGUAGAAACAAUUGAUACAAAAAACAUUGCUCCGUUAUUGGUAAAUCUAUCAUAUAAUUAA